GAGUAAAACAAUACUUGAACCGUGGCAGUGGAACAUCAAUUGCGAGUAUAAACAACAGAUGAUCACCUCACAACGCUCCAUUCCAGAAGUUAAAGAGGACACCCCGGGGUCUUGUUUAGAUGAAAGGGCUGCGAAGAUCAGAACGUUCCAGGAACUGGGGCCUCCUGAUCUUGUGAGCUUAACUAAGGUGCUGCCAGGAGGUAAGACACCGGAGCUCGGUACCUUCCUGUACUACACAGGUCUUGAUAACUCAAGUUCUUCUGCUGUAGCAGCACACUUGAAUCAGAUUGCGAAUACGAUUUCUCAGGAACCACAGGCUUGGUUUGGCAAAUAUAAGCAUUUCAAAGUGACAAAGGCCAUCUAUGCGUCUUACGAUGCGUUUUCACAAGUCGACGUUGUGGUUACUUGUCAUCUACCAGGUGCAGUCUCGACGUAUGUCAUCGAUGGCCGUGGUGAGCACGUCCAAGAGACUGAUAGAAUCUGGUUGGGUGUCUUUGCAAGUUCUGUUAUGAGAUCACUGGUCACCACUGAUGACGAGGAAGAACAGGUCAAUGCGAUUGUCGAGUCCAGAGCUCUUGACCCAUUCUCAUCUCCAGAUUUGGCCAAAUUGUUCCUUCACGCAUUUGAAGAGUUGUUCUACGAGGGUCCAAAUAUUGGGUGUGCUCCAGAGGUUCAGACAGCUAGUCUCGUACAGAAUUAUCUGGUGGAUGCGCUCUUGAAGACCGUUGAGUUAACCGGGUUAUACGAUGAGGCUUUGGAAAUCUUGGAGAGAUUGAGAACCAAGGAGGAAUCUGUCGUGGCAUUGAUAGUUAAAGUCUUGCUGUUGAAAGAUGAAGAAGUGAAAGCAGUUAAGGCUCUGUACGAUGGUAUCCAAAAGACCCCGAGAGACCCUGAGCUUUUGCUCAUAGAAUCUCAAUUCUUGAUCAAGAAGGGUAAAUUAACUCUGGCUUUGAAAUCUGCAAUCGAUGCAGUCAACUCUGCUCCCUCUGAGUUCAACUAUUGGGCUAACUUGUCAAAGGUUUAUCUCGAACUUGGUGAUAUCGAACAAUCCCUUUUCACCUUGAACUCUUGUCCAAUGGCUGCCUUUAAAGAAAAGUAUCACUUGAAACGUUUGCUGUUGGCUCCUGCUGAUAAAGUUCAUCUACCACUACCAAACGACGUCACUCUAGAAGAUGUUGUUGCGCUGGAUACUAACAUGGUUGCUCAAGAACACAGAUCAAUCGAUCAGGCUUUAGCAAACUUGCCAGCUGCAAAGUUGAAAACUACUCUGGCAAAGGCUUACAACAUUCUGACUGAAAUUGUCCAUAGAACAGGCUGGGAAGCUCUCCUGAAGUACAGAGCACGAAUCUUUGUCAUGGAGGAAGAAUACAGAUCCAAGUCGACAAGCCAAACCAAUAUUGCAGAGAACGGUAACGUAAACGCAGAUGAUGGAUUCAAGCAAAAGAGGCUAUGUGAAAGAUGGCUCGAUAACCUGUUUAUGAUUCUCUACGAUGAUCUGAAGACCUACACCAUGUGGCAAGCGGAACUGAUCCACUUCCAGGCACAAAGGACCGUAUAUGAAAAACUGCCAAUAGAAUGGGAAUACUUGGGCAUGUGUGCCUUUAGAUUACACCAUUAUAAGGAAGCAUCUGUCGCUUUCCAGAACGCACUCGAGACUCGUUUUGCCCCAGUCUGUACUAGAAACCUGUUGAAAUACUACCUCCUAGAGGCACAAGGCCUACAGAAGCAGGCAUUGCACUCAGGAGCAAAUGGCUCAGCUGAUCAGGCCUCUGUUGAAAGUGCCCAUCAGAUUGAGCGUAAACUGGACAAUUUGGACAAUUUGAUCCUGGAGCUCAUCGUCAAACUCACUGCCUGGAAUCACCGCUGGUACAGUGAAUUUGCACCGUACCUGGUGAAAGCCCUAGGUACCGUUGUUGAGAGAGAGGGUCUGGUCAAGGUUGAGAAUGAGAUCAGUGCAGGAUACGCAGAAGAGACUGGUGUCGCUGCAAUGAUGAACGAUUACUUCCAAUUCUUCAAAUUGUUCAACAGACCUGGUGCUGACUCCUAAGUAAAUGAUAUGGCCAUUGUAUAAAUAAACAACUGUACCA